AACCAGAAGCUUUCUCUUGGGAUUUAUUUGCAAAAAUACAAAGCUAAAGAAAUAAGUGGGGAGAAGCAAGAUUAGUGGGAGAGAAAAAAAAAAAGGAAAGAUAUUUUGAGGUUUGCAAAUGUCGUUAACAAUAAUAUCUUCAGUUUAUGAAGUUUGCAGUGAUGCAGCUGGUAUUGCAGGUAACAUCUUUGCUUUUGGGCUGUUCUUGUCACCUAUACCAACAUUUAGGAGAAUAAUCAGAAAUGGAUCAACAGAACAAUUUUCAGGGAUGCCAUACAUAUAUGCUCUUUUGAACUGUUUGAUUUGCCUCUGGUAUGGGUUCCCCAUUAUAUCUCCUGGUAUUAUCUUGGUGGCAACUGUCAAUUCCAUUGGAGCUGUUUUUCAGUUGAUUUACAUCAUCAUUUUCAUUGCAUAUGCUACAAAGCCAAUGAAGCUGAAGAUGUUGGGGUUCUUGGUAUCGGUUUUCGCGGUGUUUGCUUCGAUAGUUUUCGUGAGCCUCCAGUUCUUGGACUCAUCGUCACGGCAACUUUUCAUCGGAUAUUUAAGCGUCGCGUCUUUGAUUUCUAUGUUUGCUUCUCCCCUGCUCAUAAUCAAUUUGGUGAUCAAAAUGAAAAGCGUCGAGUACAUGCCGUUUUCACUCUCCCUGGCAACAUUCUUGAUGAGUUUAGCUUUCUUUGUAUAUGGAUUGCUUAAGCACGAUCCAUUCAUCUAUGUAAGGCUCCCAAUGGGAUUGGAACAGUACUGGGAACAGUCCAAUUGGCCUUGUAUGCCUAUUUCAAAAGAGCUUCACAAGAGGAAUUGAGGCAUCCAUUGAUUGUUCCUUGAAAGAGAGCUGAGCUUCGUGCAUGAACUAGUGCUUUGCCACUCAACAUUUUUUCCAGUUUUCGAUUGGCAUUGAAAAUUUGUUUUUUUUUUCCCUGUUUGUUCCAGUUGAACUUCACAUGUAACUCACCUCUGUUUUAUUGUCCAUGUUCGCGGUUUAUAACUGUCUCUCUCAACAUGUAUUAUUAAUACGUAUGUUUCUAUAUAUAGGGUUCAUAAUGCAGAGGCUACUUCUUGUUGUAAUUUAAAUCAAUGUAUAUCCAUUAGAUUUUAGAUAUGUAAUGUCAUUGGUAUUACCAUCACACUGCUUUGAGAGGAAACUGUAGGACUUAGAGAAAGAAAUUAUUGAAUGAAGAAAUUACCUGAAUAAUACAAA